UGUUGUUGUGUUUCAGAGCAGCUGAAGGGCAUCGUGACGCGCCUCUUCAGCGAGCAGGGCUUCUACCUGCAGAUGCAGCCUGAUGGAGCCAUCAGUGGAAACAAGGACGAGAACAGCGACAACACUCUGUUUAAUCUGAUCCCAGUAGGUUUGAGGGUUGUGGCCAUGCAGGGAGUGAAGGCUGGACUCUACGUGGCCAUGAACGCAGAGGGAUUCCUCUAUACAUCAGUAAGAAAACCUGUCUGUCUGUCUGCUUCUCUGUCUACCUGUCUGUCUUCAUUUUGUUUUGGAGGUUUCUUCUCAAAAUUCAGCAGCUUAAAAUCAUGUCGGGCUUCUAGCAGUAAAAUAUGCAAUGUGUCUUUGACACUGUUGAUGUUCAUCUUGUGUUGUGAUCCCCCCCCCCCCCCCCCAUCAGUCUGCAUGUAUAAGGAGCCGUCGCUCCACGAGCUCGAGGAGAAGCUGCUGAAGUCGUCGCGGAGCCCAACGAUCAACAGCGAGGAGCGGAGGGUGAUGAAGGAGCAGGAGGAGGAGCAGGAGGAGGAGCAGGAGGAGGAGGAUGACCUCACAGAGCGGGACGGAUCAUAGCCUGCAGCGCCCCCUACAGGAGGAGGAGGAGGCAAACUCCCAUUUUAACACUCCCUCUGUUUAGCAACAACGACGACAACAAAACCGCCACGACGACGACGACGACAAAAACAAAGAAAACAAAAGCAGCUAAAAAA